AUGACUAUGUCGGAAAACCAAAGAAAUCUUGAAUCUGGCUUGCUUCUGAAGAAGAACCAAAACGACGUCAACGAGUGUCGUGUCACUCCGGUUGUGCUCUUUAGUACCUUCGUUUCUGUUUGUGGCUCUUUCUGCUACGGUUGUGCGGCAGGUUAUUCAUCAGUUGCUCAAACAGGGAUCACAACUGAUUUAGGACUCACUGUUGCACAAUACUCGAUAUUUGGGUCAAUCAUGACCUUUGGAGGGAUGUUUGGUGCAAUCUUUAGCGGGAAAGUCGCAGAUAUUAUGGGUCGAAAAGGGACAAUGUGGUUUGCUCAAAUUUUCUGCAUCUUUGGUUGGCUUGCAAUAGCAUUUACAAAUAACUCGAUUUUGCUUGAUGUUGGGAGACUAUCCACAGGAUUUUCAGUUGGUUUAUUCAGCUAUGUGAUACCAGUUUAUAUCGCGGAGAUAACACCAAAACAUGUUCGAGGAGCAUUUGUAUUUGCUAACCAGUUGUUCCAAAGUUGUGGAUUAUCAUUAUACUACGCCAUUGGAAGCUUUGUUCAUUGGCGUAAAUUGGCAUUAAUCGGUCUCAUUCCAUGUGCUUUGCAAGUUGUGUGUUUGUUCUUCAUUCCAGAGUCCCCUAGAUUGCUGGGAAAAUGGGGACGUGAAAAAGAAUGUAAAGCAUCAUUGCAGCGUCUUCGUGGAGAUGAUGCAGAUAUCUCUGAAGAAGCCAACACUAUUAAAGAAACAAUGAUGCUGUUUGAUCAAGGACCAAAAUCGAGUGUUAUGGAUUUGUUUCAAAGAAGAUAUGCUCCAUCUGUUGUUAUUGGUGUGGGGCUAAUGCUUCUGCAACAGUUCUCUGGAAGCUCAGGGAUUAUGCUUUAUGUCGGUAGUGUAUUUGAUAAAGGAGGAUUUUCAAGCAGCAUUGGCUCAAUGAUUCUCGCAGUGAUCAUGAUACCAAAAGCUCUAUUAGGUCUGAUUUUGGUUGAGAAAAUGGGACGAAGACCGCUUCUAUUGGCUUCUACUGGUGGAAUGUGCUUUUCCAGCUUGCUUCUCUCUUUUUCCUUCUGCUUUCGGUCAUAUGGCAUGCUCGAUGAGCUCACUCCGGUUUUUACAUGUAUCGGUGUAGUGGGUUUCAUCUCUUCAUUUGCCGUAGGCAUGGGAGGCUUACCAUGGAUCAUAAUGUCUGAGAUAUUCCCAAUGAAUGUUAAAGUUUCUGCUGGAACUUUGGUUACUUUAUCCAACUGGUCCUUUGGUUGGAUUAUAGCUUUUGCCUACAACUUUAUGCUAGAAUGGAACGCAUCAGGAACGUUCUUGAUCUUCUUUAGUGUAUGUGGUGCGGGUAUAGUCUUUGUUUAUGCGAUGGUACCCGAAACUAAAGGAAGAACAUUGGAAGAGAUACAAUCUUCUCUUACAGAUUUUCUACAAUGA